GAGAGAGAGAGAGAGAGAGAGAGAGAGACAGAGAGACACGUAAGGAAUCUGGUCAACGCCAGUACCGAUGUUGAUUGGUGCUUGUCUAGUCGUGAAAGAAGUUUAUUGGUGACGUGACAAUUUCUACAUGUGGCAAGAUACAAUCAAUAAUUACGAUAAUCAAUGACAAAUGAGAUGUUUGAUUAACAUAGUAACGUUGAUAUAUUCACACAGAUUCAUAUAUUAUUCAUAUAUGCUGUACAGGCGUACAGAUAGUAAAUGAUGUUUAUAACGAUGAAGAAUGGAGAGACAGGUAGCAUUCUUAUCGAUGCGAUAAUAUUAUGGACUACCUAAAUUUAUAUCGAGCGCAUUAGAUGGCGUUAGUGGUUAUACCUUCGAUUCGAUAAAUUUGAAUUUCGAUCAAGUUUUGUUCGCGCGUAAGUGUAAAACAACGCUAUGCGAGCUUUUAAGAUUAUACACACGAAUGAAACUCAGCGACUUGGAAUCGCCGUAUAGGAUCUCCUCCAGGAUUCCUAGUAUUAGUUCAUCCAAGAUAAAGCUCGGUGCAUUUGGACGAGCUCGCAAGAUUGGAUGCGAGCGGAAUGUUGCUUCGAUGCUUCUUCAACAACGUCAAGCGCUUCGUGUCAUUUACGAAAACGUCGACGUUACACCGAAACCGUUAUUUCACACAGCAUUUGGCGUCAUUGAUGAGAACCAGAUAACUGCCUUGGAGAAUAUGGGACUAUUCCAGAUGGAAAGCGCUUCCCAAUUGAUGGCAUCUCCUUCGAGAAUCAGCGGUCUCGGAGCUAGUUCGUCUAUCCUCUUCAGAUCUUUCUCGAUGCCGUCCGACGAUUUACAAAUGGAAAGUUUGUUAUCGACGCAGAUUUACGAAUCUUUGCCCGUUGACGAGAAAGAGGAUGUUGCACCGUCACCAUUUUUUCUACCUAGCGAUGACUUGGCCAUAUUCACAGAUCGCCCAGAAGUGACAAUCAUAUUGAAAGAAACGCAGACAUACUUCAUUUUCGAGAUGCCGCAGAUGACUGAGGAUUUGCGAACGCCUGAAGGACAAAUAGUUCAAGAGGAUAACAAGAAUUACGAGUAUGUAACAGUAGGACCGGGCUCGAAUCGGAAGCUGUUGAAUGCUGAAACGCAAACAAUACGCGUAUUGACAAAAUCGCGAGGCACUUAUUUAGGCAUGAGGCCUCGUAAGAAUCAGGACGUAUUUGUGAACAAUUGGGUGAUUCAUGACACUUAUGCAGCACCAGAAUUGAUGACGGAAAAAAAUGGACGUAUGAUUGUACAUACAAGGAAAUCGAUGAUCCGGAUGCGAGAAGCGCAGGAACUCCAAUACAAGCUCCCCGAAUCUGAAGCAAUCCCAGAAGUGAGUUUCAAGGAGCAAUUAUCUUGCAUUGGUCGACAAACACGUUUCCUAAAUGCGGCAUGCGUAAUGGAACGCAUAAUCGCUAACAAUGUGUUCGCAAUGCCGCUAAAGCGCUUCACUGGCUUGAUUAAACGUGAUCCAUGUGCCUUAGAUCUGGAGUUUGAUUACCGACUAGAUCUGCUGUGGACAUAUGCGUGUGAAAUGACGCGCGGUCGUCCUGUAGCAGCAUUCCGUUGCAGUCAGGCUAAUGCAAAUCUUCUCGCCGUCGCUUAUGGCGCCAAGACUGGUUCCGAUAAGACGAAUGGACUGUUGCUAAUUUGGUGUGCCAAAAAUCCUAGCCAACCUGGUCGCGAAUACAUAUUCGACAGUCCACUGUCCGAUAUUGAUUGGAGCAACGAGCGACCGAAUCUUUUGGCGAUUGGUUUCUAUGAUGGUAGUGUAAAAAUCAUCGAUGUCAGCAGUAAAGAGAUGAAUGUCAUCAGGCAGAGUCGCAGGGAGACAUCAUUGGCUUGUUCACCACAUUGGCAGAUACAGUGGUGGAUCGGCGAUGAGCAAUUCAACUUUCAAGAGCAGAUCUACACCAGUAAUCAAGACGGUCUAAUAUAUUGCUAUCGUCUUGGCGAGGAUUUCUUUGCCACAGACAUCAUGCGCUUGUAUAGGGUCGAAGGUAAAGUAGCCGGAAUUUCUAGAAUUGAUCACUGCGUAGCUUAUGAUGUGCCCAUUAGCCGUCAACCAGGCGCUCUUCUUCUCCGAAGACAUCCUACCGUCAAUAAUAUUUACUUCGUCGGUUCCGAUGAAGGUUGUGUUUAUCGAUGUUCCACAAAUUAUUUACGUCAGCAUGUGGACAGUUUCAUGGCGCAUGACGGCCCGAUCUAUUCUCUCGAGUUCUCGCCUUUCUGCCGAAAAUUAUUUUUGACUUGUGGCGCUGAUUGGUGUACGAGGAUCUGGACCGAAGGUCUUACCGAACCACUUAUUAUUUUGUCGACGGCAAUGACAUGCGUGAGAAGCGCCUGCUGGAGUCCUACAUGUUCAACUAUCAUCGCCGGCAUUGUUAAUGAUCAGAUUUGUGUAUGGGAUAUUCGUAGAAAAAUACAUAUCCCGUCCUUUGUGAUAAGCUCAACGAACGGAACGAGAUUAGUUGCUAUUGAAUUCACAGCGAACGGAAAUCAAUUGAUAGUCGCUGAUAUCGAAGGUAUUAUUUACGUCUAUAAUCUUGAAGGCAUGCCAUUUCCGCCAUAUAAUCAAGUAAAAGUGUUGAUCGAGUCCGUUCAGAAAGCGUUAAUAACCAAACCAGAACUGCUGAAAAAGUUGAAAAAACUAGGUCCGCCGUUUUAAUUGUUCCAAUGUGAUAAGCUUCUUUAUCGAUUGUAAAGGAUCUUCCUGAUAUGUGGUGACCCCUUUCGGUCUAUU